GGCAGUUAUCCUGAGUAAUCUUACAUAGACGCAAUACCAUUGUCUGUACUACACCAAAUCAUACUCCGCAUCUCCCUGUCCCAGCUCUGCAUUUCACCCCUUUUCCUCUCCUAUAAUUUCAAAAGGCCGACCCCAAGUCGCAGUGAAACCCUCAAACUCGCCACGGAGACGAAAAUGGAACCCGAAGUGAAGGAACGCUCUCCAGAAGCGUCCAAGUCCGCGUUGGAUCCUUUGCGCGCUGCGAAGAACUGGGUUCCUUUAUUACAAGAGCCCACAUACCAACCUCGACGCAUACACAUUGUGUGUGUCGGGGCCGGAUAUUCCGGUUUGAUGAUAGCUUACGAGGCCAAAUACCAUAAGGCUUUUGAAGGCUUUAUCGAUUUGACCAUCUAUGAGAAGAACAAGGACGUUGGUGGAACAUGGCUGGAGAAUCAAUAUCCUGGAGUUGCAUGCGAUGUUCCCGCGCAUGUCUAUACCUUCCCUUUUGAACCGAACCCCGACUGGUCUACAUUUUACGCUUCUGGCUCCGAGAUCUGGUCCUAUAUCAAGAGAACAUCAGACAAAUAUGGUCUAGCUGAACACGUCAAAUUCCAAUCGAAAGUAGUCGAAGCGACUUGGGACGAGCCUUCGAGCAAGUGGCGUCUCAAGAUUCGACAUGACGGUGAAGAAGAAGAAGACGAAUGUAACAUAUUGAUUGACGGAUCGGGCUUCUUGAACAACUGGACUUGGCCGGACAUCAAGGGUCUUCAUGAUUUCAAAGGGGAGGUUGUUCAUACUGCAAAUUGGAACCCUUCUAUCGAUGUGGCAGGCAAGAAAGUCGCGGUGAUUGGCAACGGCUCUUCCGCUGUUCAAGUGCUCCCACAGCUGCAGAAGACUGCGGCUCAGUUGACCAACUACAUCCGCUCCCCUACGUGGAUGUUUCCUAAUUAUGCAGCUGAGCUUACAAGGAACGGAACCAAUUUCGCAUUCACCGAAGAAGAAAAGAAGGCGUUUCGUGAUAAUCCUGCCUUGCUCUUCAAGUUUCGCAAGGACAUUGAGCACAGUCAAGAUAAUUCUUUCAACAUAUUCUUCAAGGAUUCGCCGGCUCAAAAGGCUGCUCUUGCAAAGGCAUAUGCAUCAAUGCGAGAACGGCUCGGUAACGAUCAAGAGCUCUGCGACAAGCUGAUUCCACACUAUGAGUUUGGAUGCCGACGCCCAACGCCGGGCGAUGGGUACCUCGAGGCUCUACGAGGGGAAAAUGCGCGGGUCGAGCUCAAUCCAAUAGUCCAAAUUACAGAAUCUGGAAUUCAAACAACCCAUGAACACACCGAAUUCGAUAUCAUCGUCUGCGCAACUGGAUUCGAUGUCAGUUUCCGCCCCCCAUGGACUGUGCAAGGGCGGGAUGGACAUCAGCUCCAUCUUGCAUGGAGCGACUCGCCAGAAGCAUAUUUUGGGAUCGCAGCGGCCGACACUCCAAACUAUUUCAUCAUCAUUGGUCCCAAUAGCCCCGUGGGUCAUGGGUCUCUCCUAGAGAGCGUAUUCUGCGUGGCGAAAUGGAUAUUGAAGUGGUGUCAGAAGAUGGCAACGGAAGAUAUCAAGUCAAUUUGUGUGAAACAGGAAGCUCUGGAUGACUAUAACACAUAUUCGCAAGAACUCCUCAAGCGCAUGGUGUGGUCUGGGUCAUGCCGAAGCUGGUACAAGAAUGGCAAGUCGAACGGACGUGUUACCGCACUGUACGCUGGAAGCCGUCAUCAGUUUAGAGAAAUUCUCGAAAGUUUUAGGACGGAGGAUUUUGACAUUGUAUAUGGCUCAGUGAAUAGAUUUCGCUUCAUGGGCAACGGAAGGACACUAAGAGAGGCGAGAGGAGACUAUUUGUGGACCGCACCUACAGUCUUCACAACCGCAAGGAGUUUCCAUUAUUUGCAGUCUCUCAAUUCUCAGCAGUUUAUCAAAUCCCACGAUUCCCAGAACAACAAGAAAGAUAUCUCGCAGCGGCGUUCCAACAUCGACACUUACACGAUGAAUCCCAUCCCGGCCGCGUUCAAGCCGGACGCCCCUGGUACUGCUCCGAAGCAGUCGGAGUACACCCCCCUUUUAAAAUUGAACGAUGGAAAUGAGAUCCCAAUGAUAGCUUAUGGUCUCGGCACCGCAAACUACAAGAAGAAAGGAAUGACUGAUUAUGAUGAGAAAGUGACCGACUACACGUUUACAACCAUAAAAUCUGGCUUCUACCAUCUUGACGGCGCCGAAGUAUACGGUAACGAGGAGGAGCUGGGCGCAGCCAUCAAGAAAGCCGUCGUGCCGCGCGAGAAGCUCUAUGUUGUUACUAAACUCGACAGUACCAAGAAACAGAACGUACAGACUGCUUUCGAAACCUCGCUGAAGAACCUUGGACUGGAUUAUGUAGACCUCUACCUCAUCCACUCACCUUUCUAUGCCGAGACGCCUGAGGACCUGCAGAAAACCUGGGCAUCGUUGGAAGCAAUCAAAGAAUCCGGCAAGGCCAGAUCCAUCGGCGUGUCCAAUUUCCUUCAGGAGCACGUAGAGACUAUCCUCAAGACGGCCAAGAUCCCGCCCGCCAUCAAUCAGAUUGAGUACCACCCGUAUCUGCAGCACGGGUCCUUGCUCGACUUCCUGCGCAAAAAUAACAUUGCCGUUGCUGCGUAUGCGCCAUUGACGGCUAUUGUACGCGCAAGACCAGGGCCGGUAGAUGAGCUGUACGCGGAGCUGGCGAAGAGAUACGGUGUCACUGAAGGAGAUAUCGCAUUGCGUUGGUGCCUCGAUCAAGGUAUCGUGACAAUCACGACGAGUUCGAGCGAGCAGAGGUUGCAGAGCUACCUGGCUAAGCUGCCAAGUUUCAAGCUGACGCCGAAAGAGAUCGAGUCUAUUGCAGGACUUGGCCAGCAGGAACAUUUCAGAGGAUUCUGGAACCGAUGGUUUGCUAAGAAUGAUCGACGAUAGAGAGAAUUGAUGUGAUGGGUUGCGGUAUGAUAGCCAUGUGCCCACCUGCCUUUUUUAGUAUUCGCAUGUACUUGAUCAGGUUCGAUUUUAUCUUAUAUUGCCCAUAGUUUGUGUUCGUGGACAUGUAUGAUUCUAUUGCGCAAUGGUGCAUUAGCAAGGGCUAGAACAUUGGUGUCCACCCACCCUUCUCUCUACCCCACC